CUACCCGUUCGAAACAAAACCUGCCCCGAUUUCAAGGCCGACCCGUCGUUUAUCUAUUGUUGCACGUCCAAACUACCGCCUACCACUGGCACUUACCGCGAAAAACAUGGCAUUUUCUGCUGUUCAUUAGCCGAUUUUGAAAAAGAACGACAGGAAGUUGCUGACGAAGAAUUCCACAAUUUCAUCAAACAGUGAGU